GGUGGCGCUCUACCAUGCACUAGUGAAGUCUGUUGGAGCCGGGGGAAUUAGUGUUUCCGCUGUGAUUAUAUUCAAAGUUCACUUUGCAUAUCCACAGCUCGUGGACUUGUAUACUUCGGGCCACUUUUCACACGCGGAUGUGUGGAGAACGGCGCCUCGGAGCCUUCUGACGUCGCGAACUGUCUUUACUUUCACUUUCACUUUCUCCUGAUGGCGCAGCAAGAAUCAGCUGGCUUUGAGGACCAGCUGUUGGUCUCCAGCUGAGCCUCUUCCGGUGUUUCCAGCACAGAGACAGUAUGGCAGCUGCUGCAGCAUCUGAGGGAAUCAAAGGGAGACCUCUGAGCCACAGCAGCAGCUAUCAGCUUAUUCCCCCUACCAUGUCUGAGCUGAGGGUUGUUCUGCUGGGGAACAGCUGGUCUGAGAGGAGUUCAGUGGGGAACUUCAUACUGGGAGAGACUAGGUUCAACACUGAGCAAGAACCAGACUUUCUGACAGUCAGAGGACAGUUGAAAGAGAAAGAAAUAGUUCUCAUCAACACUCCAGAUCUGCUGCAUCCCAACAUAUCUGAAGACAAACUGAGAGAGCAUGUGACAAACUGUGUGAGACUCUCUGAUCCUGGACCUCAUGUGUUCCUGCUGGUCCUACAGCCUGAAGGAUUCACUGAGGAACUCAAACUGAGACUCUGCAGAGUCCUGAAACUCUUCAGUGAUCAACCAUUUGAUCAUUCACUGGUUCUAAUAUCAACACCCAGCGAGGAGAGUCCAGGUUUCAUGGACAAAGAUGUACCAGACCAGCCCUUAAAAGACAUGAUCAGCAUGUGUAGAUACAGACACCUGAAGCAGAAGAACCUUGAACUUCCAGAGCUGUUGACACGCUUGGGUCAAACUGCAAAGGAGAACAAUGGAGAGCAUGUCAGCCUUGAUGUAUUUGAAGAUGAGGAUGCAGGUUUAGUCAUGACACUAAAGUCUGAACACAUCAAACCAGCUUUAAACCUGGUUCUGUGUGGGAGGAGAGGAGCAGGGAAGACUUCAGCAGCCAAGGCAAUUUUAGGUCAGACAGAGCUUCAUUCAGUCUCCAACUCAUCAGUGUGUCUUAAAAAUCAGGGAGAGGUGUGUGGACGUCGGGUUUCCCUGGUGGAGCUGCCUGCCUUGUAUGGAAAACCUCAGGAGGCAGUGAUGGAGGAAUCAUUCAGGUGUAUCUCCCUCUGUGAUCCUGAAGGCGUCCAUGCCUUCAUCCUGGUCCUACCUGUGGAUCCCCUCACUGAUGAAGACAAGGGAGAGUUAGAGACCAUCCAGAACACAUUCAGCUCUCGAGUCGAUGACUUCACCAUGAUUCUGUUCACUGUGGAGUCAGAUCCUGCAGCUCCAGCUGUUGUUGAGUUUGUAAGAAAGAACAGAGAAAUCCAGGUGGUCCGUCAGAGCUGUGGAGACAGAUAUGUUGUUCUCAACAUCAAGGACAAGCAGCAGAUCCCAGAGCUGUUGGAUGCUUUGAAACAAAUCACAGUUAAAGGAUCCAGAUGCUUCACAAAGGACAUGUUCACCAAGGCUCAGAUGGAGAAGGUUUCAAAACUUAAAGCUGAACUGCAGGAUGUGAAACAGCGUGAGGAGGGAGGUGAUGAUGAAAACCAGAGCAGAGAGCCUCUCAGGAUGGUGCUGAUUGGGAAGACUGGCAGUGGGAAGAGUGCGACAGCAAACACUAUUUUAGGGAAAAAGCAUUUCAAACCCAGAAUCGCCCCGAAGCCACCGACCAAGUCUUAUGAGACAGCAACAGGAGACAUUGCUGGACGGCCUGUCGCUGUGGUCAACACCCCCGGCUUGUUUGAUACAACUCUGUCUGAUGAUGAAAUUCGACAGAAGCUUCACAAAUGCUUCAGCCUGUUGGCUCCUGGACCUCAUGUGUUCUUAUUAGUGAUGCAAAUAGGAAACUUUACACAAGAGGAAAAAGACUCUGUGGAGCUGAUCAAGAAAUAUUUUGGCAAGAAAUCUGGAGAAUUCAUCAUCAUUAUAUUCACCAGAGGAGAUGAUCUGGAAGAUCAGACAUUUGAGAGUUAUAUCGAAGGUUGUGAUGGCUUUGUCAAACAACUCAUAAAUGACUGUGGGGAGAGAUACCUGGUCUUCAACAACAAAGAUGACACAAACCGCACACAGGUCAGAGAGCUGCUGACCAAGAUCGAGACCAUGGUGAAGGAAAAUGGUGGCUGCUACAACACUGAGAGGUUUGAUGACACAGAGGAAUUCAUACAAGUGGACAGGAUUUUGAAAGAGAAGGAAGAAGAGAUAAAGAGAAAGGACGAGGACCUCAGAAAACAUGAGGAAGAUUUGAAAACACUGCAAAGGAAAAUGAAUGAACAGCGUGGAGAAAUUGAACAGGAGAGAAAACUGUUAUCGAAACAGCUGAAGGACAAAGACGAAUGCAUCAACAAGGAGCGUGAGAAGAGAAAGAAAGAACGGGAGGAAGAAGAGAGGAGACGGAAAAAACAAGAAGAAACUCAGCGACAGGAAUGGAGAAGAAAACUGGAAGCUUCGGAGAAAACAGUUCAAUCAGAAAGAGAGCAAAGGGAAAAUGCUGAGAGGAAGCUGGAGCUGUGUAGAAAAGAGAUGAAGAGAGAUCGAGACGCCUGGGAAAAGGAAAGAAAAGACAUCUGGGAACGAAUACGUCAGGAGGAUAAACAGAGCCUGGAGGAGGUGAAAACAAGCUACAGAAAGCUCCAAGAAGAGUACUAUCGUAAGAGAAGAAAGUGGACAUGUUCUUUGUUUGUGCUGUUGAUGUUGCAAUUAUUUUUUUUAUGUUACGUUUUUCUGAGUCCUGCAAACACACACACUACAGAGACAAAAGAACACACAUGAAGAGUUUUAGAGCUUUCUAGGCUGAUUUAAAGGGUGCAGUUUUACAUUUAUGGGCUUUACAGAUGAAUGUCUGCAUCUUCAGUUUACACUCAUGGCUGGAAGUGGUUCAGUAAAAUGACAGACAGAGGAAAUGAAACAGAUAUUGAUCUACUCACCAGCCAUAUGAUUAUCAACAUAAAUAACCAAUAAUUAAUGACGUGUUUAAGUGUUUAGAAAUGGGAACUACAAAUCAAAUGUUAUGGUUCCUAAAUUCAGUUCUCUGGAUGCCAGUUUCUCAAACCCCAGUUCACUAUGUGAAUGGAAAGUUUGAUUUUCCAGUGUGCCUUGAAACUCCAUGGCAGGAGUUUUUAAAUCAAUCAGGACACAGACACAUUAAAAAGAGUUGGUUAAAUUCAAUAAAAGAGAAGUCCCGUCCUCAUAGUGACACCACAGGGUCCAAACACAGUCUGAAAUCUGAUUUAGACAUUUGGCUAAACCUCUGUGAACUAUUUUUUUUUUUCUAAUUUUCUGGUUUACGUGGCAAGCCUGUUUUAUUGUAAUUCAUCUUUGAUGGUUCCUUUUGAAUACAUUAAUUUACAAAUUCCUAUAUUUAUAGAUUUUGUUACCGUGAAUAGUAAUAAUUGUUUAAAGCUGGAACUUGCUUCUCCAGGCUGCAUGUGAGCAAACAUGCACAGGGAUCAUUUGGAGACGUUUGCAUUGCUGUUUCUUUUAUACAGAUUUGGGUUUUUCUUCACGAAGUUGGAUCCCACACAGGCGUUUACGUCUAUUUUCAGAGAACCAUAAUUCCAGCUAGUCUGUAACCUCAGACUGUUCUUUGGUUCACUGUAUUAGUUGUGUUUGCUAAGUACAGCAUAUCAGUUUCAAAGCACACCUGGUUAGUACCAAAAAAAAAAAAAUGUAUAUAUCUUAAACUAAAAUAAUACAUACAUAUGUCCUUACUUGUUUGUACAGCACAAGAAGAAUAUAUAAUGCAUUUUAGUGUAUGAACAUUAAUAUUGACAAAUAUAACUGUUAAUAAAACUUUUUAAUAUUGGUAAUAUUGUAAAAUAUGUGAUUUCCGACCAGGGUUUAAAUUUGCACCUUGGGUAACAGGUUAAAACAUGCCAUAGAAGGUAUAUUUUUCUAUUCAAAGGGUUUCACGACCUUCUGGUGGUUUCUUAAAUGUCAGGGAUGUAUCUUUCAGAAAAACUGGUGCUUUGCUCUGUGACUGGAAUGUAAAGAUAAUACAUGAGAGCUGUUUGAUAAAGUGCUUUGUAUUUCUUUAUUUUGAAUUUAGUGUGUACAUUUUGUACAUAUAUUGUUUAACAAACACCUUUUUUAGCAACCUUACUGACUGUUCACAGCAAGCAAAUACAAGUUAACCAUCACCUGUGAUGUAGCUGCCUCCAUGACGUGUUCUCCAACACUACGUCCUUAACAACUUAAAAACAAAACACAUCCGUUGUCUUGGUUCAUUGGUUCAGUUUUGUUCAACAUUGUGAAAGAUAUAAAACUCUAGACAUUUUCUCUUGUUUCUUCAGUGUUAAUCUACAAAUAAAUGCACAUAAAAAAAUC